GGAGGAAUAUUCUUUCCUUCUAGGGAAUUACACAAGCAAAUAGUUUGAGAGUGUAACGGCCACAUAACUACAAAGACAGCUUCAGAGUAGCUUCAGAAAUAUCAAACCUUCAUUCAGUGAAGAUCAAAUUCAAUCACCAUGGUAGCAUUGACUGUGACAAAAGGAUUGCUCAUGGCUUUUGUGCUGGCAUUCUGUGAAUCGCAGACUAUUACCCAGGGUCCACUUCACACGUACCUGCUAUCACAGUCAAACGUUUCUGGAACUCUGAAUUUAUCUAAAGGCAUUGGCACAGUAAUGGACGAAGUUAACAAGGAGGUGAGCAAUCCGAGUGAAAUUCUUGCAUCAGCUGAACUCUUGGCUUACCAACUGGUGACCACUGCUCCAACACUUGCCAAAUUUGUGGAAGAUACAGAUGGAAUAUUGCCAACACCAACAUCUGCUUUUUAUGGUACCAGGUUGGAUAACACAUGUACUAAUCCACCAGAUGUCUCUAUUUUCGGUGUAAAGGCAUGGAAAUUUGGUUUGAUUUCAGCUGUUAUCCCAAUAUUUUUGGUUGUAGAGGGUCUGGCUCUUGCCAUUUACUGCACCAAGUGCAAAAAGAGACGCAGGAAAGCAAUGCCAGUGAAAAGCUAUGAUGACAGUGAAGCUGCUGAAACAAUUAAUGCUGAAUCCAAUGAGAAUACAGUGACAAUGAACAACACAACACUCGCACAAGCAAAAGGUCCCUUGGAGAUAUCCGAGACUGAAAGCUUUUCGGAAGUGGCAAAGAAAGCAAUUGAUGAGGAUUCCCAAGAUCUAUCUGAUCUGGACACAAACUUUGAAGGCUAAAUUUUCACAUCCUAAAUUUCAGCUUUGUAGAACUUAAUUUUCUGUUCUCAAUUGCAUUAUGCUCUACUACAAACAUGAACUAGUUUUAAACUACAACAAUCUGGUGUUUGUUGCUAAGCACAGGAUUUUACAUUGAUGCAAUAAAAAUUUCCUUUCAGAA